CAUAACCUUUAGUUUCCAUAAUAUUCAUAUACCCACAACUGAUAAAACCUAUAUGUGUGAAUUCAUCAUUCUCCUUUUAUUUUUCUCUCUUGGGUCAGUCUGAAACUGAAACUCCCUCUCUCUCUCUACAGGAAACAACCCUCGUUACAAAAGACAGCUACCUUUCUGGCAACCAUCUCUCUGUCUCUCGUCCUCUGAGAGAGAGAGAGAGAGAGAGAGAGAGAGAGAGAUCAUCGUCGCCAUCAUGGGUCGUGAAGGGGAACGCGGUUACUACAACAACAGGAAGAAUGGACAAAUCCCUAGGUUUGGAGAGUGGGAAGAUGCAAACGAAAUGCCCAUUACUCAGUACUUCGAGGACGCAAGACAAGCUGGUCUCCUUCGUGAAAACAACACUCGCCUUCACACUUCUUCUUCUUCCUCUGCAGAAACCCUAAAACUCCAUUCUCGCUGCUCCCAUGCCCGUCCUCUUCCUAAACAGACGGCGUUGGGGGCAGCGAAGGACAAAAGGGGCCCACAACAGAGAGUGCGUGACGUCAUCGAGAAGGGAGGAAAACAAUACGCAUACGUCAGCGAACCAAAGCAGUACCAAAACGUCGUCGGAGAGCGGCCUCCAAGAGCUCCCAAGCCCAUAGACGAAGAUCUCUACAAGAUUCCUCCCGAGUUCCUCCACCCUUCCAAGAAGAAGAAAAUGCCGGGGCUCUUCUCAUGCUUGGUUCCCUGUGCAUCAUGAAUU